AGAGCUCAGCUGGACGAUGGCGCUACAUACAAGGUUGUCCUUGCGAACGCUGCCGGUGAAUGCGACUCUUCUGCACAGCUUACGGUUACUAAACCGAAUAUCCUAAAGGUGCUAGAAGGACUUAAGGAUAUCGAUGUGGAUGAAGGACAACCGAUUGAACUCAAGGUCAAAGUUGAAGGAAUCCCCAAGACCGUGAAAUGGUACAAAAAUGGAAGUGAAAUCACUCCAAACGCUGAUCUGCAAUUGAAGGAAAAUCCUGAAACUGGCGAAUAUUCGUUGUUGAUUCCACAAUCGAAGAAAAGCGAUGGUGCUGCUUACCGUAUCUCGUUGGCUAACGAUAAGGGUGAAGUUUACAGCGGUUCAGUGGCGCAUGUUAAGGCAGCCAAGCCUAAGGAAGUGAUCAAACCGGCUAAUUUCCUUUCACCUCUGGAAGAUACCGAGGUUUUGGAGGGCGAAACCCUUACGCUGAAAUGCGUCGUCGCUGGCGAACCAUUCCCCGAGAUUGUCUGGACAAAAGACGGAGUGGAACUCGAAAAAGACGAUCGUGUUGCUAUGCGUGUUGCACUUGAUGGAACAGCUACGCUACGCAUUCGUGACGCAAAGAAAUCCGACUAUGGCCAGUACCGUAUCACUGCCAAGAAUGAGGGAGGAACAGAGACUAGCGCAUGCCAGGUAACCGUGAAAGAAAAAGGUGAAGAACCAUCAAAGCCGAGAUUUAUAAUCCCACUGAAAUCAUGCGAAGCUGAGGUAGGAGAGAAGAAGAUGUUUGAGGUCAAAUUACGCGGAUUCCCGAAACCUACCUUGGAAUGGUUCCUCAACGACCAGCCUCUCAAGUUUGACGAUCGUGUCACUGUUGAAGACCUUGGAGCUGGAAAUUACUGUCUUACGAUUAAGGAUGUACGUAAGAUGUUUUCUAACGAGAUCAGAGAAUCCGACUUUGGCACCAUACGAUGCAAAGCCUCUAAUGAGAUUGGAAAGGAUGAAUGUCAAGCCGAAUUUGCUAGAUCUGGUACGUUGCCUAAUUUUGCAAAGAAGAUCGCUUUCGACUGGCUUCAGCUUCUGAAAAUCCAA